UUGUUUGCUGAGACAAGGUAGAUAGAUGCCUGUGGUAGGUACAAAGCACUCGACUACCUAGUUCCGAGUCGGGAGUCGACUACCAUCCAAAUACUUUCAUCCUGCCAUCAUCGCAUUCCCUCUCCUAGUCAAGUGCAACUUCACUAUUCAUCUGAAGAAGAGCCUGAAGAAAAGCCCGGCUCAACAAGUCGAACCAGCCGUCCCUAGCUGCUUCCUAUUCCCAGCGCGCGUCUUGUGCAGCCAUACCCGAGUCCGCAGCCCGAAAUCCACAUCACUAACGCCAUGGCCGAUGUCGAUGACGAGUUCCUUGCCCUUGUUGGCGGCGACGAUGCGUCCGACGAAGAAGCCGAAGAUUUGAGUCAAAGCCGACCCGUGUCUGAAUCCCCCGAGCCUGGCGCAAGGCAGAGUAAAGGCACAUCGGCAGCUAAGCCGCGCCCGAGGCAGCAACGUGACUCUGAUGACGAGGAAGAAGGCGAGGCAUCUUCAGCUGCUGCCUCUCCCGCAUCCGAUGCAUCAGCCCCAAUGGAUGAGUCUGACUCGGAAUCCGAUUCAUUCCCAGCCAGUAAUGCUGCGAACAGUAAGCUGGAGGAUGAGGGAGAACUCAAGUACCCCGUUGAAGGUAUAUACGCCAGCGAAACCGAGAAGGAGGAAAUCCUUGCUAUGCCAGAACUCGAGCGAGAGCAAUUGAUUGCAAGGCGCCAAGAGGAGAUUGACCGUGAGCGGCAAAACACUCUUCUUCGUAGACUCCUGCAAGUGAACAAACAAGAGAGCAGCCAGUCUGCGAAGAAGCGUAAAGCCGGCACCGCAGAACUUGAGGAUGGCCAACGCAAGACGUCGCGCCAACGUACUAAGAUUGGUGGUUCUAAAGUGGGAGAGACUAGCGCUGGUAUCGCAUCCCUUCGUCGCGCUCGAGCGGAAAAGUCAGACCGCCAGCGGCGCAGAGAAGAGGACCGCGAGCGCAACAAGGGCAAAUCGUCGACGCGGGAUGGUGCGCAAGACGACGAUGACGAUGCGCACAGCGAUGUCGAAUGGUCUAGCAACUACGGUCGCAAACUGUCCAGAUCGGCAACGCCUGAGAAAAAGGAUGCCCCUCUCGCUGAUCUGCGUGACUUCGAACGAGUCCGUCUUAGCCGCAGCCGCUUCGCGGAGGUCUGUUUCUAUCCUGGCUUCGAGGAUGCUAUCACUGGUUGCUACUGCCGAGUCGCAAUGGGUCCAAACCGCGAUACAGGUGAGACGGAAUAUCAGAUGGGUGUUAUCAAAGGAUUCACACAAAAUCGGCCUUAUGCUAUGCAAGGUAUGAAUCAGCAAAGCUUUGUCACAGAUCAAUAUGCUAGAAUAGCUUUUGGCAAAACCGUGAGGGAGUAUCCUUUUAUCUCUUGCUCUGACUCGCCCUUCACUGAGUUGGAGUGCCAGCGCUUGCAGAAGGCUUGUCAAGAUGACGGGGUCCCAUUCCCUAAAAAGGCUCAAGUUGAUGCCAAGAUAGACGACAUCAACGCCCUACGAAAUCGGACAUGGACCGAAAGGGAGGUCAGCGAUAGACUCUCACGUAUGCAAAGUUUGAAUAAAAAGUACGACUCGUCCGAGCGCAAUCGCUUGCUCAAUAAGUUAGAGCAGGCCAAAGAACAGGGCGACGAGAAAAGAAUUACGGAGUUACAGCAACAGCUGGAUAGGUUGGAAGUGCCCAAGUUGGCCUUUAGGACAAGCUUAUUACCGAACAAGAAGUCGGCCACACCCUCGACACCGUCACAGCAAGACCGGCUGGCACAGCUUAACAUGCAGAGACGUCGGGAUAAUGCAGAAGCUGUCCGCAGGGCGCAGAUCAUGGAGCGAGCGAAGGUACGCAAGACAGAGACUCGGGUAGUCAAAGGCGGAGAGACCGAUGAGGAUACCCGCCGACAGCUGAACUCGAACACUAAUCAACCCAACGACAACGAAUCUUCGGCGCCUGGUGAUGGGGUACACUUGAGCAGUUCUCCUGCAAAACCAGCCCUGCUCCCUCAUCUGCAGAAACUGCAGCUCCAGCACCACCAAGCUGGGAAGGACAAGAAGGGAAUCCCCCAGAUCCAUCGACCUCUUGUCGACGACGAUAUUAUUGCAUCUCUAGAUUUAGACAUUGACGUGGAUAUUGACUAGAUUUCAUGUCAAGGAGGGACAAGGGAAAGAGGAUACUAAAUGUGUCACCCUUAGCUGACGGCUCAACCUGGCAGAUCUCUGACCGGCGUCCUGUGGGUAAUCGCGACCUAUACUAGUAUACCCAAGCUUGAAGCUACUCGUGGGGGGUGGGGUCCAUUAUAUUUCAAUAAAGUAUUGUCUAAUUCACGGCUAUCUGGCUCGGGGCUUUGGUGCUUACACGUCAUGAUGAUUUGGCCAUCAAAGUGUAAAGGUGAAGCUGUAUACCAUACCCGAUGUCUUAGAGAAACGAUCUCUACUUGAAGACUUGCGACCCAACAGAACUAUCAGAGACAUAUCCAAGAUUGCUCUGUCACGUACAAUUAUCCGUUUCCAAAUGAGGUAUCGACCUUGCUAGAGUCCAUGGGCAGACAUGGGCAUACAUACCUACAUCCUAAGACAAUGAUCUUUUGCAGGCGUUCAAUCCUCCAGCAUUGCGUAUACCUACAUAAGUACGCAUAUGUAUGUAUUUUGGGUACCUAGGUAUACAUACGAAGUAGUAGGUAUGUAAGUACAGUACCUAAUAAAUGUAUUUGGCCGCUAG